AUGGUGCCCCUGCAAUCGCAGGAUAGACCCUUGUCGCUUGCUUCUCUGAAGGCAAACAAGGCUCGCGCAAAACUGGUCACCAAGACCGUCACUGUUACCAGAGUCUCCAAGCCGACGCCCAGGCCUCAAGGAGCCUCUUCUAUCUCUACGUCGCCCCCUUCUCGAAAGAAUAUCUCAAACAGUACUCCUCGACAUGCCAUCGCUCCUCGGAAGUCCGCCACUCCUGCAUCCGUUUCUUCUAGACCACCCAGUAAGGAACCACUGGGAAGAGUGAGACAAAAUGAAUCGAGUCGCACAAAGCGCGCCUCUCCUGCCAUCUCUACCCCCAGAUUUACCAGCUCGGAUGAUGAAAGUGAAGAAGAUGAAGAUCAACCCAGGAAACGGAUGCGAACCUCUGGCCAGGACAAUUUGGACAAACAUCGUCGCAUUAGAGAUCUAGCCUCGUUCUCAGAGGGGGACGCUGGUGCGAUUCGUAUGGCCCAUGCUGCGGACAUCGCGAAUAUUGAUAUUGUUGAACAAUCAAGAACCAAAUAUCAAGACUUCUUCACAGUUCUUGAAGUCGACGAGGCUGAUUGUCCAACAAUCACGCUGCAGUAUCCCAGUGUAUCUCAGUCCGAGAAGUAUCAGCUGGUCAAACCCACUGACUCUUCCGAUUUCAAACCCUUGGACGAAAUCGAACUCAACAUGAAAAUCAUUGCCGAAUACUACCUUGACAGCGAGUCGGCAAGGAAAGUGACGAGCGAAGAGGACGGUUCCGGCUAUGUUCAAAUGCUUCACAGAGAAGCCAAAGAUGCCAUGCGGGGCCGCGUUGGCGCUCAGUCCAGAUAUAUAAAUGUGGUGGAAAAGUUCAACACAUUGCUGUCUCAGAAACGCAAAGACGGCAUCAUUGCCAAGAAGUUGGACGCCAUGGUCCGCGUCGAUGUUAAACUGGUCGAACACAUCAUUAAAAAUCAGGUUUACGCUCGGACCGUCUCACCACAGGUCCACCUUGUUAGGCACUACGAGAGCUUCUCCGACAACGUCUAUGGGGAAUUACUUCCCAAGUUUUUGAGUCGAAUCUUCAAAGAAACCAGCCUCAAAUCCAGUCAAAUCUUCGUCGAUCUCGGCUCAGGGGUCGGCAAUUGCGUGCUACAAGCCGCUUUGGAGAUUGGGUGUGACUCGUGGGGCUGUGAGUUCAUGGACAAUCCCAACACUCUCGCUCAACUUCAGGCUGCGGAGUUCCCGGCUCGCUGUCGACUGUGGGGCAUCAAACCUGGCAAAGUACACUUGAUCCACGGAGACUUUCUAAAGAAUGAAGAUAUCAAAGAGGUACUGAAGAGGGCAGAUGUCAUUUUAGUCAACAAUCAAGCAUUCACGGCCGAACUCAACGACAAGUUGAAGUAUGUUUUCCUUGAUCUUAAAGAAGGGGCCCAAAUCGUCAGUCUUAAGCCAUUUCGCAGUCCUGCACACAAAAUCAAGGACUCAAACGUCAAUGAUCCCAUAAAUGUUCUGGAGGUGGUGGAAAAGGAUCGCUGGAGUGGUAUGGUGAGCUGGACAGAUGAUCCAGGAAAGUGGUACCAUCAGCGAAAAGAUUCUAGAGCACUAGAAAUAUUCGUCAAGAAAUUAGGAGAGUCAAAGUGA